UUUCACUUUCUUAGGAUUCUCCUCCUUCUGGUGGUUUCCAGGAUGGGGCUUUCCAGACGGCACAGACAUCUGCUGGGGUGAGAGGCCGGAUCCAUGUGAGCCCCCUCAUCGGUCACUGACUGCCCCCUAAACGGAGAGCGACCCCCAUCAUUGCACGGAGGCGGCCGGUGUGUAGAAGUAAUAGGAUUACUAGAAGAUUUGGACCAUAGGUUAUGGUAACCAUGGCUGGUUCGUGGUGGAUCACUGUUCUUCUGGUGACGUCUGUGAGCGGCCGUGUCCCAGUGGAUUCCCUCACAGACCCUCAGACAGAGGCGGUCAGAUUGGUCAGGGAGGAUUUCCACAAGAGCAACAAGGUCAAAAACGCGUUCCAAGUGUCCUCCAUGCUGGCCGCAACGCAACAGGAAAACUUUGAUGUUAAAGGAACAUUUGUUAAAGUAAGAUUCAUCAUGAAACAGACAAAUUGUCAGAGACGCGACUGGAUGAACCGAAAGUGCGUCCCCAUAAUGACAGCCAAGAGAACUUACAAUUGCGUCGGUUGCUUCACGUUUGCUGACGGUGCGGAUCUACUACAGACGGGAUAUCGGAAAUGUGUGCGCCAAAGUGAUGCGAACAGGAAAGAAGUGAAAAAGGAGAGGCGUAAGGAGUGCGCCAAACUGAAAGGCAAGAAACGUACGUACAGUGUGGGCGCCUACAGCUUCCGGAGUCAGGCCACGGAGUCAAAGAACCAGGACAGAGACGUCCUCAGACCCCGGCUGCUCGGCCUCUUGUCCUUCCCUCGUUGCUGCGAGGCCCCUGCAGUUCCUUUUCCUCCCCAGUCCCCUCCUAUCUGCUCCUUCCUCUACUCUUGUCAGAUUCCCCCCAGUCCAGACCAGAGAGACCCCAGUACAGGCGGAGCAGCUCUGCGCGGAGUUCUAGAAAAAGAAAAAACGUACCCAAAGGAACAAAAAAACAGCACCAUGAAGACCGCGGCCGCACAAUGGUGGCUCAUAUCUGUUUUCCUGCUUGUCAGCUCCGAGAGCGAGAUCACAACAGACGACUUCUCAGAGACCCAGAACAAAGCGCUCGGACUCAUCAUGGAGCAUUUCCAUAACAAAGACCAUAUCAGGAGUGGGUUUAAAGUGACCGACAUCAUGAACACCGUAGAAAUAGAUUACGGCUCUGGAACGUUUGUGAGCUUGGAGUUUGCACUGAAACAGACGACUUGUUCUAAACGUCAUUGGACUCAUACUGACUGUGAGCUGGUGAAGCCUGGGAGGACAUUUAACUGCUUCGCCUGCUUCAAGUUUAGUUACAGUUCCGAUAAGAUUCUGUCUCAGCUCAUCGACUGCGUUGGCGCUCAUCAGGUGGACGCGAAGAGAACCAGCCGGAGGAACCAGUCCUGCAAGGAAGUGGAGCUGAAGAAAGGAUCCGGGAAACCUGGGACUUACAGUUUUCUGACCUCUCAGACAGUUUGACUUCAGACAGACAAUCCUCUGUGGGACCGCAAUGUACGGGAGGGAAGACGCCACGUACUCCAUAUUGUAUAUACCAUGCUACCCAACACGAACAUAUAUACUGUACACCGAGCUGGAGAGGAGCCAAGAGCCAUUGACCGAACCCGAGAGAAGCGAGGUUCAUAAGGAGAUGACGAGAAGAUGACGAGGGGAACUGUGGCCAACUGUGGUCUUUAUAUUAAGUCUGCAUUGAAAUAAUGUACACACUGGACGUAAUAAACUAUUGUGAAAUAUAAUAAAUCAUAACAGAGUAAUGAA